UUCCGUGUGUAACCCAUAAGACCAUGUGAACCUCCCAGUCUGCAGCUUUCACCUGUAUCCACACUAGGUGCACCAGUCGACAGAAAAGUCAGGUUUUGGGGAUUCAACUCGAUCCGGAGUCAGGUGGAUAGAAGAUCCUGCAACCACUUUGUCAAUUUAAAUGCAAAACAGAGAUCUGGGGAAGAGAGAUACGAUGACCCGUUCCCCUGACUCAUCUGGUCUGGGGAUCAUUCAGCUGGGGAAGACUGGAGCAGGGAUGAGUGCAACCGGAAACACCAAACAGGUGUUUAUAGAAGAGUUAUCUUCUGAGUCUGUGACGACACAAUGUGAGGAUGUCCAGAGGAUGAAGAGGACAGCUUCAGACACUAAUGAAACAGGAGGAGCAGCAGGAGGAGGUGCAGCAGCAGCAGGAGGAAGAAGAGGUGCAGCAGGAGGAGCAGGCAUAACAGAAGGUGUACUAGCAGCAGUACUAGGAGGAGUAGCAAGAGGAGAAGGAGUAGCAGCAGUACUAGGAGGAGUAGCAAGAGGAGAAGGAGUAGCAGCAACAGGAGCAGGAGUAACAGAAGGUGUACUAGCAGCAGUACUAGGAGGAGUAGCAGCAGUACUAGGAGAAGCAGCAGGAGAAGGAUCAGCAGGAGAAGGAGCAACAGAAGGUGUACUAGCAGCAGUACUAGGAGGAGCAGCAGGAGGAGGAGCAGGAGUAACAGAUGGUGUACUAGCAGCAGUACUAGGAGUAGCAGGAGAAGGAGCAGCAGGAGGAGGAGCAGAAGGAGCAACAGAAGGUGUACUAGCAGCAGUACUAGGAGGAGCAGCAGGAGGAGCAGCAGGAGGAGGAGCAGGAGUAACAGAUGGUGUACUAGCAGCAGUACUAGGAGUAGCAGGAGAAGGAGCAGCAGGAGGAGGAGCAGAAGGAGCAACAGAAGGUGUACUAGCAGCAGUACUAGGAGUAGCAGGAGAAGGAGCAGCAGGAGGAGGAGCAGAAGGAGCAACAGGAGGAGGAGCAGGAGUAACAGAUGGUGUACUAGCAGCAGUACUAGGAGGAGCAGCAGGAGGAGCAGGGGAAGGUGUAGUAGCAGCAGUACUAGGAGGAGUAGCAGGAGGAGCAGCAACAGGAGUAUUGGUACUGGCUUUGGGAAUACCAGCAGGAAUAGCAGGAGCAGGAGUAGCAGCAGUUGCAGGAGUAGCAUUUGCAGAGAUUUUUCAAAAACUUAUGCCGAAAUCUACAAAAGGCAGGUGGAAAAGAGAAAGCCUCGAAAAAUGUAAUACAGAUCUGGUUAACAACAAUUAAACUACCUGAGAGUAUAUCGUAUGUUUGUUUCUCUAGUUGAGACUCAUGUAAAAUGUAGUACAGAUCUGGUUAACAACAAUUAAACUACCUGAGAGUAUAUCGUAUGUUUGUUUCUCUAGUUGAGACUCAUGUAAAUGUAGUACAGAUCUGGUUAACAACAAUUAAACUACCUGAGAGUAUAUCGUAUGUUUGUUUCUCUAGUUGAGACUCAUGUAAAAUGUAGUACAGAUCUGGUUAACAACAAUUAAACUACCUGAGAGUAUAUCGUAUGUUUGUUUCUCUAGUUGAGACUCGUGUAAAAUGUAGUACAGAUCUGGUUAACAACAAUUAAACUACCUGAGAGUAUAUCGUAUGUUUGUUUCUCUAGUUGAGACUCAUGUAAAAUGUAGUACAGAUCUGGUUAACAACAAUUAAACUACCUGAGAGUAUAUCGUAUGUUUGUUUCUCUAGUUGAGACUCAUGUAAAAUGUAGUACAGAUCUGGUUAACAACAAUUAAACUACCUGAGAGUAUAUCGUAUGUUUGUUUCUCUAGUUGAGACUCAUGUAAAAUGUAGUACAGAUCUGGUUAACAACAAUUAAACUACCUGAGAGUAUAUCGUAUGUUUGUUUCUCUAGUUGAGACUCAUGUAAAAUGUAGUACAGAUCUGGUUAACAACAAUUAAACUACCUGAGAGUAUAUCGUAUGUUUGUUUCUCUAGUUGAGACUCGUGUAAAAUGUAGUACAGAUCUGGUUAACAACAAUUAAACUACCUGAGAGUAUAUCGUAUGUUUGUUUCUCUAGUUGAGACUCAUGUAAAAUGUAGUACAGAUCUGGUUAACAACAAUUAAACUACCUGAGAGUAUAUCGUAUGUUUGUUUCUCUAGUUGAGACUCAUGUAAAAUGUAGUACAGAUCUGGUUAACAACAAUUAAACUACCUGAGAGUAUAUCGUAUGUUUGUUUCUCUAGUUGAGACUCAUGUAAAAUGUAGUACAGAUCUGGUUAACAACAAUUAAACUACCUGAGAGUAUAUCGUAUGUUUGUUUCUCUAGUUGAGACUCGUGUAAAAUGUAGUACAGAUCUGGUUAACAACAAUUAAACUACCUGAGAGUAUAUGGUAUGUUUGUUUCUCUAGUUGAGACUCGUGUAAAAUGUAGUACAGAUCUGGUUAACAACAAUUAAACUACCUGAGAGUAUAUGGUAUGUUUGUUUCUCUAGUUGAGACUCGUGUAAAAUGUAGUACAGAUCUGGUUAACAACAAUUAAACUACCUGAGAGUAUAUCGUAUGUUUGUUUCUCUAGUUGAGACUCAUGUAAAAUGUAGUACAGAUCUGGUUAACAACAAUUAAACUACCUGAGAGUAUAUGGUAUGUUUGUUUCUCUAGUUGAGACUCAUGUAAAAUGUAGUACAGAUCUGGUUAACAACAAUUAAACUACCUGAGAGUAUAUCGUAUGUUUGUUUCUCUAGUUGAGACUCAUGUAAAAUGUAGUACAGAUCUGGUUAACAACAAUUAAACUACCUGAGAGUAUAUGGUAUGUUUGUUUCUCUAGUUAAGACUCAUGUAAAAUGUACAUGUUCAAAUGAUAAAACAAACGUACAUCAAGAAGAUCCCUUUAUGGAAGAUCCCUUUAUGGAAGAUCCCUUUAUGGAAGAUCCCUUUAUGGAAGAUCCCUUUAUGGAAGAUCCCUUUAUGGAAGAUCCCUUUAUGGAAGGAACCUUUAUGGAAGAUCCCUUUAUGGAAGAUCCCUUUAUGGAAGAUCCCUUUAUGGAAGAUCCCUUUAUGGAAGAUCCCUUUAUGGAAGAUCCCUUUAUGGAAGAUCCCUUUAUGGAAGAUCCCUUUAUGGAAGAUCCCUUUAUGGAAGGAACCUUUAUGGAAGAUCCCUUUAUGGAAGAUCCCUUUAUGGAAGAUCCCUUUAUGGAAGAUCCCUUUAUGGAAGAUCCCUUUAUGGAAGAUCCCUUUAUGGAAGAUCCCUUUAUGGAAGAUCCCUUUAUGGAAGAUCCCUUUAUGGAAGAUCCCUUUAUGGAAGGAACCUUUAUGGAAGAUCCCUUUAUGGAAGAUCCCUUUAUGGAAGAUCCCUUUAUGGAAGAUCCCUUUAUGGAAGAUCCCUUUAUGGAAGAUCCCUUUAUGGAAGAUCCCUUUAUGGAAGGAACUUGUGUACUUAUUAAAAUCAGUCUCCCCCUUUUAUUUAUCGUCAUAUUUUUUAAUGGACCGUUUAGGGACCCCAAAAAACAUUCUUUGUUGCAAUGUGAAUAAAUGUUACUAUCAUGUUUGUGUUGUGAAA